UUCAUUCAGAGAGGUUCAAGUGGGAGAACUUGCAUGCACAAUACCAGCGGAGGGUGGAAGUGCAGGCGACAAAGUGAGGGAGUUGCCAACUUGCAGAAGGAAAGCCACUAUUUGUUUUUCAAUCACGCCAACAUGGAGAGAGCGUAACACGCAUUACACCACACACACACACACACACUUGUCACUGCCCUGAGAAACGUCGCGAAAGACAGACCGAAACAACUUUAUCCAAUCUGUCCAAAGGAGCAGGAGAGCGAGUCGAGGGAUCGUAACACUGGAGCUCAAGGAUAAACCAUGGACCCUGCAUACAUCACAACACACCUGGAGGUCCACCAUGCUCCCUGCUAACCUUCUGCUCCUCAUGGUCCUGCUGCUACCUCAAGCCACGUCAAGUCGCCACGGUGACACUGGCGACAUUAUCGACAAUGGCACGCCAUCACACCCCGCUCCAACCUCCUACCCGGAACCCGGCCUGACCCGGACCCUCCAGAGCCUCCUGCUGAGCCGCCUGGGCCUGCAGUCUCAGCCUAAUCCUCGGCCCGGAGUGCCGGUCCCGAGGUACCUCAUGGAUCUGUACCGCUUCCAACAGCAGCAGUACCACCUAUUGGAGGAUGCCUCUUUCAGCUUCCCCAGUCACCACGUGCAGCAGGCCAAUACCGUACGCAGCUUUCAUCACACUGAGCCCCUCACAGCAGAGGACCACAGACGGCUGCACAUCUCCUUCAAUAUCUCCUCCAUCCCGCAGGAUGAGAAGGUGCUCUCCGCUGAGCUGCGCCUCCUCCGCAUGGCCGGAACCAACCUCAGACUGAACCUGUACCUCUCAGAGCACCACGAGGACCCCCGACCCACACUGCUAGAGACAAGAAUACUGGCCGCCGGCCCUCAAAGGCAGAAAUCUAGCAACCUCUGGGAAGCGUUUAGCCUGAACGCAGAGCUCUUUGAUUUGGCCCUCAAUGGCGCUGGCCAUCUGGGCUUCCUCCUGGAGGUCAUACCCGAGAACAGCAGCUCCUCGGCCCAGGUGGAAGGGGAGGGACGCCAGGGGGGUCACCUGAGGGUGUGCAGGUCUGUGGGGCAAGACGAGCACAGCUGGGCCCAGGAGCGACCCCUCCUUGUAACUUAUAGUCAUGACGGGCGUGGAGAGCCUUUGGUCAAACAUAGGAGGAACCUCAGUGGGGUCCAGAGGAUGAGAGGCAGGAAAGGGACAAGAGAGAAGAGCAAAAGCUGGAAUAGAGACCAAAAGUGGGUUAAAAACACAAGUUUGGGGGGUGAUACAGGAAGUGAAAGCGGAAGGGUAAAACGAAACGGUGGGAGGGCCGCGAAGCUUAAACGCCUUUCCCGUAACAGAUGCCGCCGCCAUCCGCUCUAUGUCGAUUUUAACGACGUGGGCUGGCACAAGUGGAUCAUCGCGCCGAGCGGCUACGACGCCUUCUUCUGCCUCGGGGAGUGCCGCUUCCCCCUGGCCGACCACAUGAAUUCCUCCAGCCACGCCAUGGUGCAGACGCUGGUCAACUCGGUGAACGGGGCCGUGCCGCGGGCUUGCUGCGUGCCCACCUCCCUCAGCCCCAUCGCCCUGCUCUACCUGGACCCGCAGGACCGAGUGGUGCUGAAGAACUACCAGGACAUGGUGGUGGAGGGAUGCGGCUGCCGGUAGCGUGCUGGAUGGCGGGACGGUGAAAGUUCGAGCAGCAUGAGAAUCAAGCAGCUCAUCGUUUAAUUUUGCCUCACCAGCGACGGGGAAAUGAGAGCAUGAGGUUUUUGUCAAACAAUGCGAAAUCAUCGUAAAACAUUACGUCGCUUUUCCAUUGCAUGUUACUGUCUCGGCUCAGUGUCCCGCCGCAUUGAACGCAUCAGUCAGAAGGAGACAUGUUAACAAAAAAUGCAGGAAAACAAAGGUUUUCUCUAUGUGUUGAAGUUAGACACAUUUUUAUCCAAGAGGAGACUGAGGGCAGCAAGAAAACAGAAGCUUCACUGUAGCAGCCAGAGAUUAAAACACCGAUACAUUGUAGAAGUAAAAUUUUGACAAAAGAAAAUAUGUGAAAGGAGACUGAGGGCCCCAAGAAAACGGACUUCUGCAGCAAAGUGGAGACUUUAGAGUGUAACCCUGCAGCAUCCAGAUUAUAAAACACAAUUACAUUGUGUUUAUUUUAGAAAACAAAAUGUAACUGGAAAAACUGCAGCAAGAGAACAGAUCUUUGCAGCUCUGUGGAGACUCUGGAGUACAAUUCUGCAGUUGUAAAAUUGUUGAUCGAAAAAAUAUAUAUAUCCAAGAGGAGACUCAGAGCAGCAAGAACGGGCUGUUGCAGCAGAGUGGAGACUGUGGAGUAUGAAACUGCAGUUGAUAGUUAAUAGAAAAUAAGUAUCCAAGAGAAGAUUGAAGGCAGCAAGAAAACAGGCUGUUGUAGCAGAGUGGAGCCAAUGGAGUUUAGCGCAGCAAUUAAACAAAGUAAAAUAUCCAAGAGGAGACUGAGGGCAACAAAAAAAAUGGGGGUUUUGGAGCAGAGUUUAGACUGUGGAGUAUAUUACUUCAGUUGAUAGAUUAUUGGUUAAAAAAAAAAUAUCCAAGAGGAGACUCAGAGCAGCAAGAACGGGCUGUUGCAGCAGAGUGGAGACUGUGGAGUAUAAAACUGCAGUUGAUAGUUAAUAGAAAAUAAAUAUCCAAGAGAAGAUAGAAGGCAGCAAGAAAACAGGCUGUUAUAGCAGAGUGGAGCCAAUGGUGUUUAGCGCAGCAAUUAAACAAAGUAAAAUAUCCAAGAGGAGACUGAGGGCAACAACAAAAAAACAGGCUUUUGGAGCAAAGUUUAGACUGUGGAGUAUGAUACUUCAAUUGAUUGAUCAUUGAUUAAAAAAUAUAUAUAUAUACAGUAUAUCCAAGCGGAGACUGAGGGCAACAAGAAAAUAGGCUGUUGCAGCAGAGUUGCUACCUUGGAGAUACAGCAUAUUCACUACAACAUCCUAAGCUGAACACAGUGUUUAUUUUCUUCACUCGCAGUCAAAUAAAACAUUUCAGAGAGGAGGCUGAGGGAACUUUGCAGCAAAGUGGAGACUGUGGAGUAUUAUACUGCCGACAUAAGACACAGUGACAUUGUGUGUUGAUAGUCUUCAUGACCAGUCGGGUACUAGGAGUAGUAGUGAUAGUACCUACUUUUGCCAAAGUGAGGAGAGCCGAGAAGGUACCAUGCAGUGGAAACAGGGCGACACAUCACCGUGACUUUUGUUUUGCAGCGAUGAGUAACGCCAUUAGCAAUAAGAGCACGGCAUCGUAACUUUACGCGACGACGUGGUUGCUGCAAUAUUUGCAGAAACUACCAAGAAGAAGGAAGGGUGCUGACUACAAGGACUGUCCCUGAACGCACCAUUAAGUCACAAGCUAUUUAAAAAAACAAAAACAAAAAAAAACAUAUCAACAAUGCUGACACUAUUGUUUGAAUGUACUGCUACUCUUCCACACUACAUUAUUAUUUAAACUGAAGACUUUUCAUACAUUUCUUUACAGACGUGUUGUGAUUCAAUUUAAUCCACUGCAAUUCUAACUUAAAGGGUGUGUAUUUAAAAAUGUAGUGUAUUUAAUCUUGAUGAUAUUUAAAAAAAAACACACACAAAAACAAAAACAUGCACACACAGAAGACCUGAGUUAAUACAUAAGUUUUGGCUUUUACUUGUGAAGUGUGUCCAGUGUCCAACAUACAACAGUGUGAGUACGUGUCGCCUUUAGAGCUCGACAACAAACUAACAAGUGUGUGUAUUGUCGCUACUCCAGUGUGUAACCACAGGUGUCUUGUUCGCUGUGUCUGCAUGUGCCAACAACAGCAGCAAAAAAAAAAAAAAAAGGAAGAUUGAUAUGAGAAAUAUUGUGCCUUUCAAACGAGGGCCUCGGACGUGUUUUCUGCUGAGCUAAUCGUUUUUCAGUGUCGCAUAUUUCUGUCUUCAUAAAAAGCAACGGCUUGUAAGAUGUUCCAAAAUAUGCCUCCAAUAAAGAAAACAA